GAUUUCAGGGAAGAGGCAGGAGAAGGAGAGUUGCCAAGAAUUAUCCCAUUUAAAGCUUUUCCAGUAGAAGGAAUUUUGCAGAGUCUAAGCUGGGCCUGGGACUGAAAGAAGGAAGACAUUGACUUGAUGUUCGUAUACUGAUACUCAACCACUCAUUUGCACAGACUCUCAUGUCUGAUAUUUAGACAUGGGGACCCUGGUGCACAUUGGGAAUUUGCUGCUUUUUGCCAUUACACUGGCACAAUUAAGACUGGUAAAAAGUCAGGACAGUGGACUACACUAUGAAGACUUUGAAGAUGAAAUGAGCUGCACUCAAAAUGGCCAGUUAUACCAAAACAGGGACGUAUGGAAGCCACAGCCCUGUCAAAUCUGCGUAUGCGAUGAAGGAAACAUACUGUGUGAUGAGAUCAUUUGCGAUGACUUAAUUGGAUGUGAAAACUCUGUCAUUCCAUUCGGCGAAUGCUGUCCUGUGUGCCAGUCUAUCUCCCAAAAUCCAAACAUGGGCAGAGGUAUGAAGGGAGAGAAAGGUGAACCAGGAGAAGUCCGGAGAGUUGUUGGAAUAAGAGGACGUCAAGGCCCACAAGGACCAUCAGGCUUACAGGGACCAAGGGGUUCAGAAGGGCAAAAGGGACCAAGAGGUUUAUUUGGACCUCCUGGACCUGAUGGUGUACCUGGAAUUCCUGGCUCUCCUGGUGCUCCUGGUCCUCCCGGACAGCCAACCCAUCCGGGCUAUCAAGGUCAACUUUCAUCUCAGUUGGCUGGUGGUUUAGAUGAGAAAUCAGGCUUACGUGGUCAAUUAGGAAUGGUGCCUGGAUCUUCAGGUGAAAUAGGACCAAGAGGACCUCCUGGAUUAAUGGGAUCACCUGGCCCCAUGGGAAUCCCUGGGGUUAAUGGAGAACCUGGUGAUUUGGGUCCAUUGGGUGGGGUUGGUUCUCGCGGUCCUUCGGGACCAAUUGGAAAGCCUGGAGCAGAUGGUGAAGCUGGAAAGUCAGGGGAACCUGGUGAGCAAGGAUUUCUAGGCUCUCCCGGCUCCCGAGGAUUCCCAGGUGCUCCCGGUCAGCCAGGUAUCAAGGGUCGGAGAGGGCACAAAGGCCUUUUUGGCCCUAAAGGUGAAGUUGGAGCUGCAGGCCAGAAGGGUGAACAUGGUUAUCUUGGUGCCAUGGGGCCUCCUGGUUCAUCGGGUCCGAGAGGUAUUCCUGGUGAAAGGGGUCGGCUGGGACCUCAAGGUUCCCCUGGUACUCGUGGUGCGAUUGGCAUGCCUGGUCUGCCUGGUGGUUCGGGUCCAAUUGGUUUAAAGGGUCCUUCUGGUUUCCCAGGUCGACCAGGGGUGAAGGGUGAAGCCGGGCCAACAGGAGUCCGUGGUCCUGAAGGACCCCAGGGACAAAGAGGUGAACCAGGCCCACAGGGCUCAACUGGAUCUACAGGCAACCUUGGGCCAGUUGGUAUGGAUGGAGGUUUUGGUGUUAAAGGCCCAACUGGCUCGCCAGGGCUGAGUGGUGCUCAUGGUCUCCUAGGACCACAUGGAUCUACUGGUCCACAAGGGAACACUGGACCUCCAGGAAUUAAAGGUCAAAUGGGAGAAUCAGGACAAACGGGAUACAAGGGAGACAGUGGUGCUAAGGGCGAGCCUGGUCCUCAAGGUCCACAAGGUUUGCUCGGUCCUAUUGGUGAAGAAGGCAAGAGAGGAUUUCGUGGAGAUCCUGGUACUAUUGGCGUGCAAGGUUCAGUUGGAGAAAGAGGUUCCCCAGGUAAUCGCGGUUUUCCAGGUCAAGAUGGACUACCAGGUCCAAAGGGUGCUCAGGGACAGCGUGGUAUAACCGGACCAUCGGGUCCUAAAGGAGCUGCAGGUAACCCAGGCCGCCUUGGUGAGCGUGGUCUCCCGGGUGCAAGGGGUCUUACAGGAAACUCAGGAGGUCAGGGUCCUGAGGGCAAACCUGGAGCAACGGGUCCACCUGGAGAGGAAGGACGCACAGGUUCAUUGGGGUCUAUAGGACUAAGAGGUCUAGCUGGUGCUAUGGGCUUAGUAGGACAAAGGGGUAACAGUGGUGACUUUGGUAAGACUGGGGAGAGAGGUUCACCUGGUGUCCCAGGACAGAGAGGUAUACCUGGCAAGGAUGGGGAGACUGGUCCUCAAGGCCAUAUUGGCCCACCGGGUCCAGCAAGUGAUAGAGGAGAACAAGGUCCACCUGGCCCACCAGGUUUCCAGGGUCUGCCAGGACCUCCUGGGCCUCCUGGUGAAUCGGGCAAGCCUGGUGAUGAGGGUAUCCCAGGCGACCUCGGUCCUCUCGGCCCGCUGGGACCAAGGGGUGAACGUGGCAUUCCAGGCGAGCGUGGCACACUUGGGACCCGUGGUCUGCAGGGGCCAAGGGGCAUAGCUGGUGCAGCUGGCAAAGAUGGAGCAAAGGGUCUUACUGGGCCAACGGGAUCUACCGGAGAUCUGGGACCUCCGGGGCUGCAGGGUAUGCCAGGGGAGCGAGGGAUUGCUGGGCCUUUAGGUUCUAAGGGUGAUCGAGGUAUUCCUGGAGUGAAAGGGGCUGAAGGCAAUCCUGGGAAUGAUGGUGCUCGAGGUCUCCCUGGUGCUCCUGGUCCCUUUGGUAUUUCUGGUCCAUCUGGGGAAAAGGGUGAACCUGGUCCUAGCGGACCACCUGGUCCUCUGGGUUCCCGUGGAUCUCCUGGGUCUCGUGGCGAGGCUGGUUCCACUGGAGCUGCCGGAUUUGCGGGAUCGCCUGGUGCUGAUGGUCAGCCUGGAGUUAAAGGUGAGACCGGUGAGCCUGGUCAGAAAGGUGAUGCUGGUUCUCCAGGCCCACAAGGUCUAGCAGGAUCUCCUGGCCCCCCAGGUCCUAGUGGUGUCACAGGUCUAAAAGGUGGUCGUGGUACCAAGGGGCCACUUGGGCCCACCGGAUUUCCUGGACCUGCAGGUAGAGUUGGACCACCUGGAUCCCCCGGUGACCCUGGUCCAGCGGGUCCUUUAGGGGCGCCUGGAAAGGAAGGUUUUCCCGGUCUGCGAGGAGACACUGGUCCUCGUGGAAAGAUUGGGGAUCAUGGACCUCCUGGGUCAGGUGGUAGCCCUGGUGAUAAAGGUGAUCCUGGAGACGAUGGCCCCACAGGUCCAGAUGGUCCUCCAGGUCCUCAAGGUACGACUGGACAAAGAGGUAGUGUAGGUCUGCCUGGCCAACGUGGGGAAAGAGGAAUGCCUGGCCUCCCAGGCCCAGGAGGACAACCUGGAAAACAAGGGCCAACUGGUUCUCCUGGUGAAAGAGGUCCUUCGGGCCCUGUUGGUCCUGCUGGUGCACACGGACCCGCUGGUGAACCCGGUCAAGAUGGAAGCCAAGGCGUUGAUGGGCCUACGGGUCGCGAUGGACGUCCAGGCGAGCUGGGAGAUCGUGGUGAUUCUGGACCUGGAGGUGUCCCUGGUGUUCAGGGGAAUCCCGGCUCCCCGGGUCCCGUUGGUCCAACGGGGGAGGCAGGUGUGAGAGGUCAAACGGGAUCUCGUGGCCCAUUGGGCCCUUCGGGUCGAGCUGGGGCUCGUGGCCUGCCAGGUCCUCAAGGUCCCAGGGGUGAUAAAGGUGAAGGAGGAGUUUCAGGUGACCGAGGUCAGAAAGGUCAUCGUGGAUUUACUGGUUUACAAGGCCUUCCUGGUCCCCCUGGUACCCCAGGUCAGCAGGGUGGUCCUGGUCUUCAAGGGCCAUUUGGUCCCAGAGGAUCAGUUGGACCAGUUGGUCCUCCUGGUAAAGAAGGAUAUAUUGGUGCCUCUGGGCCUAUCGGGCCACCAGGUUCUCGAGGAAAUUUUGGAGAAUCUGGCCCUGAGGGUCCUCCCGGCGAAGAAGGUCCCCCUGGCCCUCCUGGUUCUCCUGGUCCUCCUACUGCUGCUUAUGAGGAUUACGCUGGAUUUUAUGAGCGAGAUACAAACAAAGACUAUAUGGUAGAUGUACUAAAUGCUGAUGAGACGUUUGAAACUGCUAAGAAAGAUUCGGGGGUCGAGACUACCCUGAAGUCAUUGAGUAGUCAAUUGGAAACCAUGCGUAGCCCAGAUGGUUCCAAAAGCAAUCCAGCUCGAACAUGUCAGGAUCUCAAACUAUGUCACCCAGAAAAGGGGAGUGGGCUAUAUUGGGUGGACCCUAACCAGGGUUGUGUUGAGGACGCUGUUAAAGUAUUCUGUAAUAUGGACAGUGGUGAGACCUGUAUUCACGCUGACCCAUCUGAAAUACCAAGCAAAACAUGGUGGAGCAAAAGGAAUGGCAAAGAUGAUAGACAUUUAUGGUUUGGUAUCUUUAUGAAUGGUGGAUCCCAGUUCACAUAUGGGGACCGAGAACAGUCCUCGAAUACUGUCACAAUCCAGUUGACAUUCCUUCGCCUUCUAUCCAAGGAGGCUUCCCAAAAUAUUACCUAUAAUUGUAAAAACAGUGUUGGUUACAUGGAUGAUCAAACUGGCAAUCUUAAGAAAGCCUUAAUCCUUAAGAGUGCCAAUGACAUUGAAAUCAAAGCACAGGGAAAUAACCGAUAUAAAUACACUGUCCUGGAAGACAGCUGCACAAAACAUACAGGAGGUUGGGGCAAAACAGUCUUUGAGUAUCGAACACAGAGCACAGCACGCCUGCCUAUUGUGGAUAUUGCGCCCAUGGAUAUUGGUGGUUCAGAUCAGGAAUUCGGCUUUGAAAUUGGCCCUGUCUGCUUCUUGUAAAAUAAAAAGACUUGGAGACUUUGAAGACAUUCCUGGACUCUUGAACUAAUGGCUGAUUCAAUCAGCACUGUACAUACAAGUAUUUAGAACUUCCUGGCCUUCAAAACCAAUUAUUUAUUUUUCAUAUGAACCCCAUUGGUAAAAUUAAGAUGUGAUUAAAAACUGAUUUUGUGCAGUUUUUAGUACCACGACAAUCUACGAAUGCCCCUUAUUACAACAGGAGUCGAAAUAGUAAGGUCUUCACUACAAAAUCCAAAGAGAGUUCUAAAAUCUCGACUCAGAACUCUUUAAGGUUUCAUCUAUUAUGUCUUGCCUAUAAAUCAGAUUAUGCUCAUAUAUAAAACUUGCACACCACUUUUACAAAGAUGUAGUUUAAAGAAUCCCCUAGUUUAAGCUACCUCAUCUCUGCCAGAAGCUAGGAUGCAUUGAUGCUUGUUUUAUUCAUUUCUUUUCCAAGGUGCUAAUAUUCCCAGGGCUUCCUUCUGUGUUUGUUUACAGAACCAGGAGACAGAGUAAAGAUAUGAUGGUGCUAGAUACAAAAAAAAUCAAAAUUUCUUGUAAUCUUUGAUGAAGUAGCUGUAACCCUACAACAAAUUGCCAUGUUAAUAGCCAUUUUAAUAUAGCAGUUGUGUCUACAUUCUUUAAGUAUGGAUGAUGUUUCUGAUAUCAGUUAGUAAAAGAAAUGUCCACAAGAACUUUCAAGUAAAGCAUGUAGACAGAUCCAAUUUUGCAUUGUUUCUUUUCUCUCUCCCUUCAAAGAUGUUCUUUAAUUCUCCAAUAAAAAGAACCAUUUUACAAGGAAACCAGAAAUAUAAUUUGGUUGACUUAAUUGAAUAUUUUUUCAAAUAAUGAUUUAUAAACAUUCAUAAAAUAGUUAACUCAUGCCUUAAUUUGCCUCUCACUCCAACCUGCUUAUUGCUGUUGUUUUACAGCAUAUUGCAAUGUGCUUAUUAGACAAUGUAUCAUUCGUGGAAGUCAUAUUGUCUGAACCAUUUAUUAAAUUCAAUAAAAGUAGUUUAAAACAAAGCUUUCAGAUUUAGUGGAUAGAAAUGAAAGUAUAAUUUAGAACAAGUUGUUAUUUACAUUAGUAUCAGGAUACAAUAUUACGUUCGUACAAAGAUAUUCUUGACCGAGAUACAAAGAUAAAGAUAUUCAAGUGGCAAAUAGUAUCAUCUUUAUUCUGACAUAGUGAUUCCGGUUGAAUCAGUGAAUUAUUUCUUCGUAGAAUUAAUGGUCAGGUGCUAAUCUACUCCACUUUGUGGAGUCACUGUAGCUCAGUGGUUAGAGCACUCGCUUUGCAAGUGAGAGACCUGAGUUCAAUUCCAGGCAGAGGGCGAAACCUUGGGCAAGUUUCCUUACUCCACACAGAGCCUAAUAAUAAUCCCUCCAAAAAAAAAACAAUAAUAAAUUGGUCAUUUUCAAUCCAUGACUGUUUGUGGGACAUUGCUGUGCGCAAUUGGCUGCCGCGUUCGCUCAUAAAUAUACAGUCAAUUCACUUUACAGUAUAUUCUGUGAAGCGCUUUGGGACGUCUAGAAGACGUGAAAAGCGCUAUAUCAAAUGCAAGGAUUAUUAUUAUUAUAUUAUUACUCUGUCCUUCAACAUGCUACCAUAAGAGUGACUAACUUGGAUGAAUUUGCACCACAAAAACACUCAUAAAGGGAGAAAUUGCACCUGGGUCUGGAUUUACUCUUAUUCAUGUAGUGUUUUAGAGCAUCCAGAAUUUGGCAAAUUGUUGAAUUCAGUUUUUAACUUUCAAGCUGGUUUUCUGUUGUUUUUUAAAAGAAAUUGCAGAAAAACAGCUUCAAAAUUGCGGCUGAGUUUAAGAAUCUGUCAUAUUCUGCACAUUCAAAAGCGGUAAAUACAUAAAAUACAUCCAGAUCCAGGUGGAAUUUCUGCCGAGUAGUUGCUCCUUCAUCUCAAUAGUUAUUUGGUGGGAUUCUCUCUCAUGGACCUUGAAGGAGAGAAUUCUGCUUAUUUUCUGACAGUUUAAGCUUUUCACGAAACAAAAGCUUUUUAUUUUUAUUUCACAAUACGUUUGUAUUUUGUUUGCAUUAUAGUACCUUUUGGUUUCCUUUAUGUAAGCAUUUAAAGUAUCAUUGAGAGAAUGUUUGGUAUGAAGGCAACUUAAUUAAUAUUCAUAACAAAAUGCUUCAGCAAUGUAUUAUUCAAACACAUUUGGUGCUAAUUGGAAUAGGAACGUAUAUCGUCAGGUGGAUCAGAGUGUUAUUCAGAAUUCUUAGGCACAAAACGUCACUCUUGUCAGAGACUUGUAUAGCACUUUGCCUGCCAUGCUUUUUGGGAGGGAGCCUUAUGUGUUUAAUUUGCUGUAAGACUCAAUUUAACCAUUGAGUUUCAAUGCAACUGCUUUUAUGUAAUACUUCAAAUGAAUAGGAAAAUUAAAUGUUAAAGCAA